UAUUAUAAUUUUUAAAAAUUAAGAUUUUAUUGGUAACAGUUAAAUAUAAUCUCUGUAUUCAAUAAGAUAUAAUUUGUUUCAUUACUUUGUCUCUAAUGCUUGGUUCAUAAACUUAAAUUAAAAUUCGUCAGAAUUCGCCCGCACUCGGUAUAUGAAAUAUUAUAUAGGAAUUAUAUUUUGUUAUAAAAAUAAUAAUUUAAUAAAACCUAUAUGUUAUUUAUUUAAAAAAAUGAAAUAUACACACCUAAUCCAUAGUAACAUAUUCCAAUAGCCACAGAUAAAACGAUUGGGGUAGAAACUGAUAUAAAACGAACAAUAUUAUGGUACAUGACUUUUUGGGGUUUCGGCAUGAAUUUCAUGCUACGAAUGAAUCUCAAUAUAGCAAUAGUGUCUAUGGUUCGACCAAUAACUGUGAAAGACGGAUUACAAAGUGAAUACUAUGAAAACAAUAGCCUUUUGCAGAAUACAUCAUAUUUGAGUGGCACUAACAUAGAUAAUGGCAAUGUUUUCCAGUGGGAUGAACACCAACAAAAUAUGGCUAAAGGUUCAUUUUUUUGGUUACAUAUGGUGUUACAAAUUCCUGGUGGCUUAUUAGCACAAAAAUUCGGCGCAAAAUCCAUAUUUGGCUAUAGUAACGGCUUAGUUGCUCUCCUGACUUGUGUGAUACCACUGUCGGCAAAACUUAAUUUCAAUGCUUUGAUUUUAAUACGAGUUUUUCAAGGUCUCAUAGCUGGAUUAGCAUGGCCAUCGAUGCAGGCGAUGACGGGUAAAUGGAUACCACCUCACGAAAGAAGCCGUUUCGUGUCAGCAUACUUAGGUACAUCUGUUGGAACGGCUGUGACUUACAUGGUAUGUGGUUACUUAAUGGAUUGGCUGGGUUGGGAGAGUGUAUUUUACAUAACGGGAGCAAUUGGUUUGGUGUGGCAUUUAUGUUGGACUUAUCUAGUAUAUGAUUCACCAAGAUUACAUCCGACUAUAACCGAGAAAGAAGUAAAAUAUAUAGAAAACAGUCUAGGCAACUCUAUCGUAAAAAAUGUUUCCUCUUCAACACCUUGGAAAUCAAUUAUGACGUCUUUGCCUUUAAUGGUGAACAUCAUUUCGCAAAUUGGUUAUAACUGGGGAAUGUACACAAUAUCCCUCCAAGCACCAACGUAUUUCAAAUUUGUGUUGGGUUUUAACUUGAAACAGACAGGUAUAUGGUCUGGUGUACCACAUUUGUUUUUAUGGCCAUUUGCAUUUAGUUUUGGUUGUUUAUGUGAUCAUUUAAUCCAAGCUAAGACAAUGUCCAUAACGAACGUUCGCAAACUGGCAUGCGUUUUCAGCAACAUAGUCCAUGGCCUGUUUAUUUUGACGUUUGCAUAUUCUGGGUGUAACGAAACCUUUGUCAUAUUUAAUUUGGUAUGCGCCGUGGUCGUGAGUGGUGCCAUUUCUUCGGGUGCACUUCCAGGAAUUGUGGAUCUAGCUCCAAAUUUCGCGGGAGUGUUACAAGGCAUAAAUGGAACAAUUGUGAUAUUUUGCAUUAGUAUUUCACCAUACAUUGUGGGAUUGAUCACAUAUCAACAGCAAACCAUAGAACAAUGGAAAAAAGUAUUUAUUGUAUCGGCAGCAUUUUGUUCAUUAACAGGAAUUGCAUUUUUGAUUUUUGGAAGUUCUAAAUUACAAAAAUGGAAUAAUGAGGAGCAGAAAGAUGUAAAGGAAAUUCAACCUAUAGUGUAAGAACUAUAAUAACUAAAAAACUACUUAAUGUCUUAAUGUACCUACCUAUACGGCUGUACAUUAUGGAUAUAACAUUUAUAAUUGAUUAUAUUUUAAUUCUGA